AAAACUUGCCAAGUCGGAUAACAUGUGCUCUUGUUUUGCAGCCAAAUUUGAAUCAUUUGUAACGCAUAUGUGAUUAAAAUGAGUAUUUAGAUAUGUACAUGGAAUACACAACUUUAUGAUGGAGUAAAAUUAUGGACGAUCGAUUGUGCAACUUCACGAAAUUAUUCAAGAAAAGCAUGUGAGGGUAAUUUGGUGAGACAUGGAUUGAUUUUAAGAAGCAUCAGUUUUACUAAAUCUAAUGCCGGUAAAACAGCCCUUGUAGAAGAAUCCGAAACCUUCAAUUAGAACGAUUUUUAAAAGCCAUUCUGGACAUCCAUCAGCUUUGCAGUACUUAUUAAAAACAGGAAAAUUAAAGUGUUUUCUUCAAGUAAAGCGCCUGACUACAACUUGUACGACACAAAUAGACAUUUUUGGAUAAAUUUCCAGGAUUUAUAGAUUAAUAAUGAAGGUACUAUGAUUUGAUUUAAAAAAGCCAUAUAUAAACCUUGAUACACUACCAAAGCAGGGUCUUGGGACACCAACGUAUCGUAGUUGCAACAUUACUGUAUCAUAUUCUUGUGACAGUAUGAUGGUUCCAGACUGGAUUCUGUGCCUAGACAAAAGACCAUGUGACCGAUCAGCAGAUGACCUAGAUAUAAUCUACACAAGGUUAAAGAACUCAUCAGCAUUUGAAAAAUAUCAUCCGAUCCUGCUUCAACAAAUCUGCUUCUACUGCUAUUAUGAGGAUUUAGAAAAAGGCGUCACAUUGUUCAGACAAGGUGACAUGGGGACCAACUGGUACACUGUUCUAUCAGGGGCUCUGGUUGUACAUAUAUCUGAGACAGGGAAUUCAAAGGAUGCAAUAACGUUAUGUACACUGGGAAGUGGGUCAGCAUUUGGAGAGUCAAUCCUUAACGACACCCCACGACAUGCAACUGUUGUUACCAGUGAUUACUGUGAACUGCUGAGAGUGGAGCAAAAGGACUUCAGAACGCUUUGGGAGAGAAAUAAAAAUUUGGUUGAUGGAGUGCUGACACCUAUACCUGGGUUACCAAAUAAAGAUGUGAAGUCGCUCUGCGGGAACAAUUUAAACAAAGGGAAGAAUCUCGUCAAGAAAACUGAUGGAGGACCUAACCCAGCUGCCCCUAUUACAAAUACUCCCUCUGAAAAACUUGUUCGAGCAAGCAAUAUUCUCCGCACCGUGUUAUUAGCACGCGCUCCACACAUGAUCCGUGACAGGAAGUACCAUUUACGGACAUACAGGAGGUGCAUGGUGGGUACAGAGAUGAUUGAUUGGUUGCUACAACAAAGUUCACAGGUUCAUUCUCGUAACCAAGCAGUCGGAAUGUGGCAGAGUCUUCUCGAAGAGGGCCUCAUUGUGCAUGUAUGCCAUGAACACCAGAUGAAGGAUAAAUAUUUAUUUUAUCGCUUCCUUGUUGAUGAUGAAGGUGUCGGCACCUCUCCUAGUCAUGUGCAGAAGAAAGAGUCCGAGGAUGAGCUGCAGGAUACGUUUAGUUUACUGGCACAAAUCGGUCCUGAUGCUAUGAUGAGAAUGAUCCUGCGCAAAAUACCUGAAGAGCGCAGUGUUGAGGAUCUUGAAAUCAUAUAUGAAGAACUGCUUCACAUCAAGGCCCUUUCUCAUCUUUCGACUAUGGUGAAGCGGGAGCUAGCAUCUGUUCUGGUGUUUGAAUCUCAUGCAAAAUCAGGCACAACUUUAUUCAACCAAGGAGAUGAGGGCAAAUCGUGGUACAUCAUUCUCAAAGGAUCUGUCAAUGUGGUCAUAUAUGGCAAGGGAGUAGUAUGUACCUUACACGAAGGUGAUGAUUUCGGAAAACUGGCUCUUGUAAAUGAUGCACCUCGAGCUGCCACAAUCGUCCUGAAUGAAGAUAACUGUCACUUCCUUCGGGUCGACAAAGAUGAUUUUAACCGUAUUCUUCGUGACGUAGAAGCCAAUACUGUUAGAUUAAAGGAACAUGGUCAAGAUGUGUUGGUACUUGAGAAAAUACCCAUUAACAAAGGAGGCAAUGUUACAACCCACUACAAAUAUUCUGUGAUGGCGGGAACACCUGAUAAGAUGCUGGAACAUCUUUUAGAGACUCGCAUAGAUCAACGUAGUGAAGACCUCACUGAUACGUUUAUGGAAGACUUCCUGUUAACCCAUGUGAUAUUUAUGCCAACCAAUCACCUUUGUCCGACAUUAAUGGCUCAUUAUCAUGCUGAGGCAGGAACCACGCAAGAUUCAGAGCAGGACUCUGGGUAUUAUGGACUUAUAAACAAACGUCGUGUGAUACAUUUUGUUGAAAAUUGGGUGGGAGUGAUUUGUGAUGCAUUUUACGAGGACUCAACUAUUGUGGCAUUUCUCGAGGAACUUCAUAGUGCCGUCACUGCUGAUAGCGCCAGCUAUCCUGCUCUAGCUGGGGAUCUAGACUCACUAGAGAGAAUUAUGCAAGAAAAGAACAGCAUUAAUGACACUGAUGCAAUUUCAUACCACCAUCGUCGCAAUCCAAAGAUCCUUAUAAGGAAAACUUCUCGAGAUAUUCCUGAGCCGUCCAAUAACUUCAGAAAAUGUCUCAAGGCCGGAGAUGAAAACUUAUUCAAAGUAUAUUGUGCCGACCAUACAUACACAACCCUAAAACUCCCGAUGAUCGCAUCAGUUGAUGACAUCAUCAGUCAUGCAGCAGAGAAACUGUGCCUUGGAAAUGACGUUGUACUCUGCGAAGUGAAGUCAACAGGGGAAAGAGUCCUCUUCAAGGAGGAGGAUAUCUGUAUUACUCUAGGACUUUCGAUAAAUGGAAAACUUUUUCUGUCAUCAAAGCAACAUAUAGAUGCAUUGACUCCUCUUCCUGAACAAGAUGGCCCAAGUGAGGGAAGCUCAGGUACAUUUGAGUUACUCAGCUCACGGGAUAUAGCCUACCAAAUGAUGGUUUAUGAUUGGCAGUUAUUUACAUGUAUGCAUGAAUAUGAGCUCAUAUACAAAGUGAUGGGGCGGUCAAAGUUCAACCGGAUCACUGCCAAUUUGGAUAUAUUUCUCCGCCGCUUCAAUGAGAUCCAAUACUGGGUUGUGUCCGAGAUGUGCCUAGCAAGUAAUCUGGGAAAGAGGGUCACACUGCUGAGAAAAUUCAUCAAACUUGCUGCUUACUGCAAGGAAUACCAGAACUUGAACUCAUUCUUUGCCAUUGUUAUGGGCCUUAGCAACAUAGCUGUUAGUAGACUCUCACAGACAUGGGAGAAGCUUCCAAGUAAAUUCAAGAAGAUGUUCUCUGAUUUUGAAACCACAAUGGAUCCAUCACGUAACCAUAGAGUCUACCGAUUGGCUAUCGCAAAGAUGGCGCCCCCUAUGAUUCCAUUCAUGCCCCUUCUCAUGAAAGACAUCACAUUCACCCAUGAAGGAAACAAAACCUACUUUGAUCAUCUAGUCAAUUUCGAAAAAAUGCACAUGAUAUCCCAGACAAUACGCAUCAUCAGACAGUGUCGCAGUAAACCUCUCUCCAUAGAUUCACCUGCAAAUUCCAAAUCUGCACAGGAUGCUGCAAACUAUAUCAGUUCCCUGAAAGUAAUAGACAAUCAGAGGAUUCUUAAUCAACUAUCUCACAGGCUGGAACCUCGGAGAUCAUAGCAGACGGCAUCCUUGCACCCCUAAGAGAAACAUGUCUUGAUCCAAGUCUCUCACAGGCUGGAACCUCAGAGAUCAUAGCAGACAUCACCUUACACCCCUCAGAGAAAUAUUUCUUCA